UUGCUAGCCACCUUCUGACUGUAUCUUCAUAUUUAACCUUAACGUUAGCUAACGGACAAAAAUAUAACAUUGGAAUCUGUCUUCGCGUCUAAGUUAAAUGAGAAAGCGAACGAUGUGUAACUAUUACUAAGUUACUACUAUUAACUAUCCAUUACAAAGCUUGUGUUUUGAUUGUUUUUAACAAUACUUUGCUGGCGGUGAUACGCUAUACACAUUUUGUUUUAAGUUUGAUGUACGUGACUCAACAGAAUGUGCAGAUAUGACUUCCUUGGUUAACAACCGUUUCGAUGUAGUGCCUACCUAUUAUCCGCAGGCACUGUCCCUUGCCAUCCCGCCCAUAAGCGUCACUCAUUCAAAUUGCAGCCGAGGCAGAGGCAGAGAAAGGAGAUCCAGGCUGAACACACACGCUCACGCACUCAGGAGCAGAGGCAGCACGCGGAUCAUACAGAGCGAGUGAGAGGUUGGGGAUCCUUCACUGUUUUUUCACUUGCAUGAACACAACCGUUGACACCCCAGGAUCUAAAGAUGUGGACAGAAGUCGGAAAGCUUGUGCUAUUACAUUUGUUACUCAUGGAGCUCCGUUGCGUUAAAGGAACUCAUACGGAGUCUGAGUGUGAAACUGGGCAGUUUCAGUGCAAGAACGGACGGUGCAUUCCAACCCUGUGGAGAUGUGAUGAUGAUGAUGAUUGCUCAGACAGCAGCGACGAGGAGAACUGUCCAAAGAAGACCUGUGCGACCACAGACUUUGCCUGUAAGAAUGGGCAGUGUGUUCCUGCAAGGUGGCGCUGUGAUGGGGAACCAGAGUGUGCAGACGGUUCGGACGAGGCUGAUGCAAUCUGCAGCCGACAGACUUGUCCACCAGAGAAGUUUGAUUGCGGAGGGGCUGCCAGCAAAUGUGUUUCAUUGUCGUGGCGAUGUGACGGCGAGAGGGACUGUGAGAACGGGGCAGAUGAAGAGCAGUGUGCUGCAGAUGCAAAGGCCUGUCCCUCCAAAGAUUUCCAGUGCCGUAAUGGGAAGUGUGUGGCACCAAUAUUUGUGUGUGAUGGCGACGAUGACUGCGGGGACGCAAGUGAUGAGGAAAAGUGCUCGGCUCCCACCUGUGGCCAGCACGAGUUCCGUUGCAAUGACUCUGAGUGCAUCCCCGCCCUGUGGAGUUGCGAUGGCGAUCCGGACUGCAAGGACAAGUCAGACGAGUCCAUGGAGCGCUGCAGCCGGAGGACAGAGCCCCAGAAACCUCGCUGCCCAGUGGGGGAGUUCCAAUGUGGGAGUGGGGAGUGUGUCCACAUGAACUGGAAGUGCGAUGGAGACGCAGACUGCAAGGAUAAAUCGGAUGAAGCAAACUGUCCCCUGCUUACAUGUCGACCUGAUGAGUUCCAGUGUGGUGAUGGAUCCUGUAUCCACGGUACCAAACAGUGUAAUAAAGUCCACGACUGUCCGGACUACAGUGAUGAAGCUGGCUGUGUCAACGUUACUAAGUGUGACGGACCAAGAAAGUACCGCUGUAAGAACGGGGAGUGUAUUGACAGCAGCAAGGUGUGUGACAAUGUGAAAGACUGCAAGGACUGGUCUGAUGAACCCACGAAGGAGUGUGGCCUGAACGAGUGUGCAGACAACAAUGGUGGCUGCUCCCACAUCUGCAGGGACCGGAGAAUUGGUUAUGAGUGUGACUGUCCUUCUGGGUACAAACUCCUGGACAAAAAGACUUGUGGAGACAUAGAUGAAUGUGAGAACCCAGAUGCCUGUAGUCAGAUCUGCAUCAACUACAAAGGAGAUUACAAGUGUGAAUGCUAUGAAGGCUACGAGAUGGACCCUGCCUCUAAGACCUGCAAGGCCGUGGGAAAGAGUCCAUACCUGAUGUUCACCAACCGUCAUGAGAUCCGUCGCAUUGACCUACUGAAGAGUGAAUACACGCAGGUGGUUCCCACGCUGAAGAACGCAGUGGCCCUGGAUGUAGACGUGUCCACCAACAAGAUGUUCUGGUGUGAUCUAUAUCAUCGUAAAAUAUACAGUGCUUACAUCAACAAGGCCAGUGACUCGUUGCAGCAGGUCACUCUCAUCGACUCGCUCAACUCUCCUGAGGGCCUGGCUGUCGACUGGGUGCACAAAAACAUCUAUUGGACUGACUCGGGCAACAAGAGCAUCUCAGUCGCCACAGGAGAUGGCAGGAAGAGAAAAGUGCUGAUAGCCACUGAGCUGAGCGAGCCACGGGCCAUCGCAGUGGAUCCACACCAAGGGUUUAUGUACUGGUCAGACUGGGGAGGUCAGGCCAAAAUUGAGAAGUCUGGGUUGAAUGGAGUGGACCGUCAAGUUCUGGUGUCCGAACAUAUCGAGUGGCCUAAUGGAAUCACCCUGGACUUGUCUAACAGGCGUCUCUACUGGGUGGACUCCAAGCUACACCUGCUGUCCAGUGUGGAUCUGAAUGGAGACAAUCGCAAAGUGCUGCUGUCCUCCCAUCACCACCUCGGACACCCCUUCGCCCUCACUGUGUUUGAGGAUCGCAUAUAUUGGACAGACCUGGAGGACGAAGCAAUAUAUAGUGCAAACCGAUUGACGGGACAUGAUGUGGCAAAGGUAGCAGAGCACCUCAACAACCCCCUGGAUCUUGUGGUGUUUCAUGAACAGAGGCAGCCCAAGGCCCCAGACACCUGUAACACGGGCAGUCUGCCUAAUGGCGGCUGUGAAUACCUCUGUCUGAAGGCCCCCCAGAUCACAGACCACUCUCCCAAGUACACCUGUGCCUGCCCUGAUGGCAUGGAGCUGGGACCAGACAUGAGACGCUGUGCUAUAGUUCGACCCAGAACAACCACAACAACUGCUGCUCCAACCACCCCCACCACCACCACCACAGCCACUACAACAAGCACUACAACAACUAGCACAACUAUUAGCCCCAGCACAACUACCCCUACCACCACGACCACAAGCACUACUGCUGUUACAACACUCAGGCCCACAACCAGACGCCUGACGACACCGGCUCCUCCCCAGACCCCCAGGAGCACCUCUACAGAGCAGCCUCGGACCCCCGCUGCCACAAGUACAGAAACGACUAGUUUCAGCAGCACAAGUCAGACGUCCACUUACACACACACGCCCCUAUUGGGCCCAGUGGCCCCCAACAGCAUUCAGAGAGAGAGCAACGCCAACCUCUCCCACAGAGCUGCGAGUGAUCACUACCUCAUAGGUAACAACAUCACAGUAGCUGUUCUAGGGAUAGUCAUUCCUAUUGUCCCUAUCCUUGCCACAGUGGUCAUUGGAUUACUCUGCACCGGCGGAUACCUGGUUUGGCGCAACUGGCGGCGCAAGAACACCAAGAGCAUGAACUUCGACAACCCUGUUUACCGCAAAACUACAGAGGAUGACGAUGACGAAAUCCACAUCGGGCGACACAGCGAGUCCAUCGGUCACGUGUACCCAGCAGUGAGUGGCAGCCACAGUCAGCCAUUCAUAGCGCUUCCUCUAGGGGGCGGCGUCACAGACAGCAACUCUCACUGGUAUUCAGGGGCACCGAUGCUAACCAGCGGCAAAUGAGAGAAGCUGCAGAGGAAAGGAAGGAGUUUUGAAUAUUUGAGAUAUAGUAAUAUACGCAGGGGUUUGGAAAAGGCUGUUUGUUGUACAUGUAGGCCUGGUGGAAAGAGAGAACAGGCUUGCACACGCCCACAUUCUCACGUCAAUUUUCCAGUAAUCACUGAAAGCACCAAUCAUACAGACACAUAAGCCCUUCACCGGUAGAUCAUGUUCACAUUUAUUUCACCUUCAUGACCAUAUUCAUACAGUACAUUUAUCAACAUCAUGUCCUCGUUACCAACCUACCAUCCCAUUUAUUUGUACAUUGUGUUUUUUUUGUGUUUUUCUGGUUGUUGUGUUUGUCCUGUUAAUGGAAAACACGUUUCUUAUGAGACCAUUUCCUGACAAAACAUCUUACACAGACACUUUGUUUACAGAAGCAGCUGAUACGAAAGUUAAAAUUAUUUUAACAUGAUCACUAGACAAGAGAAAAUAUGUGCCACAAGGUAGCAUUCACGUCAAAGAGGAAUUUUGUGGACAUUUCUUUGUUUGCUGCUAAAAAUUAUAACAAAGGGUCAUCCAGACAUUUGAGUGCCACUGAGGCUUAAAUAAUUACUGCUGUCGUGAUGCAGUAAAUAUGAAAGAUAGAUGCAUGAUGUGGGUCCUCUGAAAUGGCCUCUGUUAGUAGAACAAAAAUAAUUCUAGUGCGGAGAUAGCUUUUCAGGAAAAAAGAGGACCAGCUUUAUAGUCACCUCAGCACUCUGACUCUGAAAGGACAGCAGAGCACGGGACUAGGACCAUUGUGCAAAUAAAUUAGAUUUUGAGGGGAUAGUAACAUGACAUUGCCCUUGUGUGGACUUUAUGUUUUCGUUACAGUGUAAAUAAGACAUGAAGGAUAAAAUGGGGAGCACAAAUCAAAACCAAGGACAAUCGAAAAUAGAUUUUCUCAUUCUAUCUUGAUGCAGAUGCAUUUUUGAGAAUCACUUUUUGGGCAAGAAGCUACAUUUUCUACAAACUCCUUAAACACUGCAAGCUGCGAUUGGCACUGAGAUGCACUUAAAUGUAUAGGUAGUGUGUCAUCACGACACUUGUACAUUUAUUGUAUAUAUUUGUUGUUUAAGGAAUUCGGAAAGCCAGCAGGGAACGUCAGCCAAAAAGGAUUAUGGGGGAGUGGGAGU